AUGGCCGCCGCUGUCAGCCUGAUGCCGACGCCGUUGCCCUCGCAGCCUGCCAACCCAGACGACCGACAAGACCUCCCGCGGCCGUACAAGUGCCCUCUCUGCGACCGAGCGUUCCAUCGUCUAGAGCAUCAAACCCGACACAUCCGGACGCAUACAGGAGAGAAGCCUCACGCUUGUCAGUUCCCUGGUUGCAGCAAACGCUUCAGCAGAUCCGAUGAGUUGACUCGCCAUUCACGCAUACACAACAACCCGAACUCACGCAGGAACCAAAAAACACAUCAAGUUGCUGCCGCCGCCGCAUUGGCUGGCCUUCAAGAUGGCUCAAACCAGAACCUCGUGGCCCAGGCCCAGAUGAUGCCACCGCCGAAGAAUAGUCUGCCACGUUCAGCACCUACUUCAGUCGUCGGCUCACCUAAUGUUUCACCGCCACAUUCAUUCGCCGUCCAAGCCUCAAUUCACGGCCCUCAUAUGCCUACUCAUCUGGGUCCAUUUGGACGAAGUGAUGACCGGAAUGCAAUGGACAUCAAUCUACUUGCCACUGCCGCUUCUCAAGUCGAGCGGGACGAGCACGUCACAAGAGUUCCUUACCAGCAUCAGCACCAUCUUUUCAGUCAUCGAAGCCACCACACCAAUGGACGUCUGCCUUCUCUAUCAGCCUACGCCAUCUCUCACUCGAUGUCGAGAUCGCAUUCACAAGAAAACCAUGACGAAGAUCACCGUGUAAAGCGCUCUAGACCAAACUCGCCACACUCCACCGCUCCCUCGUCACCUACAUUCUCCCAUGAGUCAAUCUCGCCGACACCAGAUCACACACCCCUGGCGACCCCUGGCCACUCUCCUCGGCUUCGACCCCAUGGCAGCGAUCUGCAGCUCCCAGGCCUCCGACAUCUUUCGUUAGGUCACACCCCUCUCCUAGCUCCCAUGGAACCCCAAGCCGAUGGCUCUUACUCCCAUAUCCCGACGCCACAACAUACCGGGCCUUCGAUCGCCGAUAUCGUGACAGGAACCCAGCGCAAGCUCCCGGUUCCCCAGCUCCCUAAAAUUGGUGUCUCUGAAAUGCUACAUUUGCCCGGUGGCUUGAGCUCAGGAGAAUCAAGUUCAGCGGCGUCGAUCAACGGCGACUUGGCACGGUGA